CUGAAGAAGAAAAGUAGAAAAAGAAAAGUAGAAAAGAGGAAGAGAGGGAGGGAAAACCCAAAAAUAAGGCUUCGAUUUUCCAUCUUAGAGGGUAUAAAUAGUGUUCUUGUGGUCUUCUUCGCCUGUUCGAUCUCAGUCGGUAAUCUGCCUUCUACUUUUAGUCUUUUAGGCAACUAUCUUAUCUUCUUUUCGCUGGUUUUUUUUGGUUCUGAGACGGUAUGGCGGCUAUGAUUCCGGCACCAGUGAUUUCUGCUCCGAUUCAAACGGCGGUCAUUCCUCCUCCGGUGGGCUCUGUGGCCCCUGGAGAAGUGUUUUUAAGUUCUUCAUUGUAUGUGGGCGAUCUGGAGAAUAACGUGAACGAGGCACAGCUUUUGGAACUGUUUAGCCGUGUGGCUCAGGUUGUCUCCAUUAGGGUUUGCAGGGAUCAGACACGCAGGCUAUCGCUUGGAUAUGCUUAUGUUAAUUUUAGCAAUCAUCAAGAAGCUAUCGCUGCCAUGGAACACUUGAAUUUCACCUCUCUUAACGGGAAGCCUAUCAGGAUUAUGAUCUCUAAUCGAGAUCCUAGCAUUCGGAAAAGUGGCUAUGCAAAUGUUUUUAUCAAAAAUCUGGACGUAUCAAUUGAUAACAAAGCAUUGCAUGAUACAUUUGCUUCUUUCGGUACUGUUCUUUCUUGUAAAGUUGCGGUUGAUAGCAAUGGUCAAUCAAAAGGUUAUGGAUUUGUGCAAUUUGUUACCAAGGAAGCAGCCGAAAGUGCCAUACUAAAGUUGAAUGGCAUGCUCCUCAAUGACAAGCAAGUAUAUGUUGGCCAAUUCAUUCGACGCCAGGAAAGGAUGCGAGCAAAUGGAUUACUAUUUACUAAUGUUUACGUAAAAAAUUUACCAGAAAAUAUGACGGAAGAUGGCCUAAAAAAUCUGUUUGGUGUACAUGGUACCAUUACUAGUGUAAUUGUUAGGACCGAUUCAAAUGGAAAGUCCAAAGGUUUUGGUUUUGUGAACUUUGAGAACGCAGCCUCUGCUGCUGAUGCAGUUGAAAAGCUGAAUGGUACCCUCAUUGGUGAGGACAAGAUUUUGUACGUAGGCAAGGCUCAAAGGAAAGCAGAAAGGGAGGCUGAAUUGAAAGAAAAAUUCGAACGGGAUAGAAAGAUUAGAUUUGAUAAAUUACAAGGCGCAAAUUUGUACAUCAAAAAUCUUGAUGACCAUAUUGAUGAUGAGAAGCUUAAAGAAUUAUUCUCUGAGUAUGGAACAAUCACAUCAUGCAAGGUUAUGCUUGACGAAAAUGGAGUGAGCAAGGGGACUGGUUUUGUUGCCUUUUCUUCACCAGAUGAUGCAGCUAGAGCCAUAAAUGAAAUGAAUAGAAAGAUGAAAGGAAGGAAGCCUCUGUAUGUGGCUGUUGCCCAGCGCAAGGAAGAAAGAAAGGCCCAGCUACAGUUUGCUCAUAUCCGAGUAGCUAGUGAAAUAUCAUCACUGACCUCGGGAAUGCCCGGAUUUCAUCCAGGGGCACCCCGACUUGCUCCUCAGCAGCUGUAUUAUGGUCAGGAAAACCCCGGCCUGGUGCCCCCACCUCCUGGAUACAGCUUCCAGCCUCAACUUAUGAGCGGAAUGCGACCUAGUAUGGGCCCCAACUUCAUCAUGCCUUACCAGUUUCAGAGACAAGUACAGCAUGGGCCACGCUCGGGGAUCAGGCGUGGUGGAAAUACACAACCUGUACAUCAGCAGCAGUUAAUGCUCCGUGGCGCUGGACAAGGUUAUAGAUACAUGAACAAUGCAAGAAAUGGAUUAGAGCCGCUGGUCCUCCCCCAAGGUCUUGUUGGUCAAAUGAUGCCUCUAGGUUUUGAUAAUUCUGGGAUGUCUAGCCCACCAAUCGACAUCCAGCGAUCAAGGGCUGUGCCUACUUCAACACUCGCAUCUGCAUUAGCUUCUGCUACACCUACACAUCAGCGUUUGAUGCUCGGCGAGCAGCUGUAUCCACUCGUAGAACGUCUCGAGCUAACUCAUGCGGCAAAGGUUACUGGAAUGUUGCUCGAGAUGGACCAGCCAGAGGUGCUUCAUCUCAUUGAAUCACCUGAUGACUUGAAGAGUAAGGUGGCUGAGGCAAUGGAAGUCCUCCGCAAAGCUUCGUCGGAACCCGACCUCUCUGAUCAGCUUGGUUCGUUGGUGCUGACCAAAUGAACGACGACGACAACCAAAAACGAGAGUGUCGGUUCUCAGACAUUCAAUUUCCCUUAGAACAUUCUUUAUUCCGCAUGGUGAAUAUAUUAUUUAUGGUUUUGGGUUUUAGCCUUCUCUUUUCCUAAAGCAUCCUUCAAAUUAGC